AUGACUUUCAAAACCCCACCCCCAACCCCCCAACACGCCAAAGUGACCUUCCCAACCCCACACGUCCUACAAGUGACGCUCUCACGACCCAAGGACCUAAACUGCAUAAACACAGCGGGUCACAAUGAGCUACACGCGCUCUGGGAAUGGAUGGACGAGGAGCCGAGUAUCAGGGUUGGGGUGUUGACGGGGGAAGGGAGGGCGUUUUGUGCCGGGGCGGAUCUAAAGGAAUGGAACAACCAAGUGAACAGCGCCGAGGGAUCCAAACGACAACAGCCGUCGUCGGGAUUCGGGGGUCUUUCCCGACGGAGCGGAAAGAAGCCUAUUAUUUGCGCGGUGAAUGGGAUCUGUCUGGGUGGUGGAUGUGAGAUGAUUGUCAAUGCGGACAUGGUGAUUGCGUGUGAGAAGGCAUUUUUCGGGUUUCCCGAAGUUCAGCGCGGAGUGGUCGCGAUUGCGGGGGCGUUGCCGCGGGUGGUCCGGACGAUUGGGCGACAGCGGGCGAUGGAGAUGGUCUUGACGGGGCGGCGGGUGACGGCAGUCGAGGCGGAGAAGUGGGGAUUUGUCAAUGAGGUGUUGCCCACGCCCGAAGAAGUGGUGACGCGGGCAUUGGAGAUCGCGGGUCAGAUCGCGGCGAAUAGUCCCGAUGCGGUGAUCGUCAGUCGCGAGGGGGUCAAGUUGGGUUGGGAGGGUGUUGGAGCUGAGGAGGGCAGUCGCUGGUUGAUCGACGGGUGGCAGAAGAGGUUAAACGAGGGCGAGAAUAUCAAAGAGGGAUUGAGGGCGUUUGUGGAGAAGAGGCAACCAAAGUGGGUGGAUAACUCGUAUGCGCUGCACUAA